CGUGACAACCACCUUGGCCGGUUUCUCUUUGUACUUAACCUCUUCCUUUUUCUUCUCAAAUGGAAGACGAUGACCAAAAGGAACUCCAGCUCCUCCCUGCUCCACAUUCCACAGCUUCCUCAUCAAACAUGCCUUCCACGCCGUCCGGUUCCUCAUCAAGGCGCCGGUCGGCCACGUCUGAUCCAUACGAAUUAGCCCCCUCGCUCGACUUGCAACUAUCGAUCAGCCUCCGCCCGAUCCGCCCGCCUCCUAACUGCGUCGUUCCAGGCGACAUGAAGCUGGAGACGAAUAAUGUCAAGGCCUUGAAGUGGGAGGCGGCGGAGCAAAUCCGGCUCGCUGCGAUAGAGAAGGCGUACGCGGAGCGAGUGAGGGAUCUCACGAGGCGGGAGAUGGAGCUGGCGCAGUCGGAGUUCGCCAGGGCGAGGCACAUGUGGGAGAGGGCGAGGGAGGAGGUGGAUAGGGCGGAGAGGAUGAAGGAGCGGGCGACGCGGCAGAUCGACUCAGCGUGCAUGGAGAUCACUUGCCAGUCUUGUAGGCAAAGGUUUCGACCGGCUUGACGACGUUGUCGAUGAAACAAUAUCCCUGUUGGUGAUGAAUGAUGACUUUGAUGAUGCCACCUGAACUUUUUCCAAUUCAGUAAAGUUGUUAUGUGUUUUUCGCAUUUCUCUUGCGGGUUUUUUGGUAUUGGAUUCUUGCAAUUCCCUCAUGAAAGUGGAAGCAAAAGACUCUGGAGGACAAAUAAAUAAUGGGUGGCAUAUCGAAAGAAUUAAUCUCUACACAUCUUGAUCUGGGCAAAAGCAUUGAACCAUUGAUCUCUUCAAUUGUAUGACAUGUUAAUAAAAAAUGAAUGAUUUCUGAAUCUCA